UUGAAGUUCCGGUGUUUCAAAAGUUUGAAGGUGAUCCUAGACCGCAUUUAAAGGUGAAAAUAUUUAAUAUUGAGAUCAUUGGACUUAUGGAUAGCGGUGCUAGUUGCACAGUGUUGGGAGAAGGUUCCGAGAAACUACUGGCAGAUUUAGGAUUAAUCCCAAGAACAUCUACAGGAGUGAUUACAGUCGCCGAUGUUAUGUAUAACAUAAAUCAUGUAUGCCAACAGUGAGAUUUAACAAUAAAUGUUGGUAGCCCUCCCUUCUAUCGCGACGCUCAACCGAAACCUUUCGGGGCAGUCGAGCUCGGGCUACCGACGAGAGCACACGCAACACACAGUCUUUUCAGUGGCGACGAUUCGGGAUAGGAAAAUUCCAGAAGAAAAUUUUGGAGAAAAGCCCAAAAAAGUGUGAAAAAUUUUCUGGAAAAACCCCAAAAGUGCAUAGCAGAGUGAAAAUUUGAAAAAAGACGUGGAAAAUAGACGAAGAAACGCUUUGUUUGUUUGUGUGUGAGGGCGUGGCCAAAGACAAAGAACUCAAUGGAAAAAACCCAAGCGGGCGAAGCGUCAUAUUUUUUCUACGCGUGAAAAUUGAUGAAAAAGACGCCAAAAGUUUGUUUUUCCGACCUGUGAACAAAGAAAAGUAUUCAAGAUGAGUUCCCUGAUCGGCAGUAUAGAAUCUUUUGUGCCAGGAGACAAUUUUAAGAACUUUCGCGACCGAUUGGAGAGUCUCCUGAGCGUCAAUAAAAUCACGGAGGAAGAUCAGAGGAAAAAUCUCGCGAUCACGCUAAUGGGAGCAACUGCGUACGAUACCUUGGUUACACUUUUAUCACCCAAGACGCCCAGCGAAGUUACCUACAAGAAAAUCAUGGAGACGCUGUUGAAUCAUUAUGAGGUGAAAAAUAACGUCAUUGCCGAGAGAUGUCAAUUUCAUAUGCGCAACCGCAAAGACGGCGAAUCGGUGAAUGAUUACAUUGUGGAAAUCAAGGCCAUGGCAGACAAAUGCGAGUUUGGAGCAUUCCUGGAGGAGGCUCUACGGGAUAGACUGGUCAGUGGAAUCAAUGAUCAAGUGCUGCAACAGAAGCUGAUCCUCCAGAGUAAUCUGACAUGGGAGAGAGCAAAGGAAACAUCCAUCAUUGAAUUCCGUACACGGCGGAAUGUUCAGGAAAUGGGACAAGCGAUCGGAGGAGUCAAUCUGAUGAGCAAACAAUCCGCCCACGCGAAGCGUCAGUCAUCAGGUGGACAUCAACGUCAUCGUAGUCGUCACAGGGAAGGCGCAAAAGGACAAGAGAAUCGAUCUUCAGCUCCAAGUGGUGCUUCAUGUGACAUAUGUGGACUUCAACACGCUCAAGGUCAAUGCAAAGCUGCGAAGAGCAACUGCAGGAUGUGCGGGAAGAAGGGCCAUUGGGCUGCGAUGUGCCGCUCCGGGAAGACGCUGACGUCGCUCCAUGCAACCACGAUGGAUAGUUUUAACCCCAUGUAUUUGAAGCUCAACGUAGAUGGUCAAGAUACGAAGUUUGAGGGUAGUGCCUAAGCUUAAGUCAGAUCUGAAGAAUAAGGAUAAGAAAGUACAUUUUAAGUUGCCGGAGCAAAAGUUCAAAGUUAAUGAUUCAAUUUUUUACCGAGUGGAAGAUAAGAAUUCAGUUAAGUGGAUCCCGGGCAGAGUCAUUAAGGUUCUAAGUAGGAUUAGAUACCAGAUUGUUGUUGAGAACAGAAUUUUGCAAGCCCAUGAGGAUCAGUUGAAGGUGAACAACACACCUAUUCAUCCAAGAUGUCGCAUAAUUUUUCAUAAAAAGGAGGAAAUGGAAAGUGAUGACGAUGAGACGACUCUAAAUUCAGAAAGUUUUGAUACCGCGAAGUCUGAAUCAUAUUCGUCAGACUCGGAUCAGCCCCCAAGGCAAGACUCUCAUCCUCGCUCGAUUCCACGGAGGUCAUACAGAAUUAGAAGACCUCCUAGGAGAUUAACUUAUGAUUAAAGACUCUAGGAAGUCUGAGUAGAAUAAGUGUUAAAGGGAACAUUGUUAGUUUAAGUAAAUGAAGUAUCCUGUAAAUGUUAGCCUUGAAGAAAAAUGUAAAUACUCAGCUAGGGUCUAGUUCUUUUUAAAAGGGGGAAGUAGAUGUUAUGUAUAACAUAAAUCAUGUAUGCCAACAGUGAGAUUUAACAAUAAAUGUUGGUAGCCCUCCCUUCUAUCGCGACGCUCAACCGAAACCUUUCGGGGCAGUCGAGCUCGGGCUACCGACGAGAGCACACGCAA